CGAAUCGAAGGAAAAAAGGCUGUCUCCACUCCGUACGAACUCCAGUCGACGGCCAUUCCCGACGCCGAUGCGCCGCCGCAUCCGCACCCGCCUCCGUAGCCGCCCCUCCCCCUCCUGCACCUAGCCGGAGUCCGGCCUCCGCCUCCCUCUCCGCCACUCCUCCAGCUUUAUCUCUGCGGCUCCCCUCCUCCGCCUCCACCGGUACCGCACCACCACCACGCCGAUGUCCCGCAUCCACCUCCACCGUCGCCUCUUCUCCUCCACCACGCGGCCCUUGCGUUCCUGGUCUCCCCGCGCCGCCUUUGCCGCGGUAACAGAGCGCGUCCGCGCUGGGGCGCUCAGCCAAGACGAUGCACACCACCUGUUCGACGAAUUGCUGCGGCAGGCCACCCCGGUCCCCGGGCGCUCCCUCGACGGCUUCCUUGCCGCCCUCGUCCGUGCGCCCGCCUCCGGAGCCUGCAGAGAUGGGCCCGCCCUCGCCCUCGCUCUCUUCAACCGCGUCUGCCGGGAUGAAUCCGGCGCGCGGGUGGCACCGCCCACAAUCUUCACCUACGGCAUCCUCAUGAACUGCUGCUGCCGCGCGCAUCGCCCGGACCUAGGGCUCGCCUUCUUCGCUCGCCUCCUCACGACGGGCCUGAAGGCUGACCAGAUCGCCGCCAACACCUUCCUUAAGUGCCUCUGUUACGCAAAACGGACGGAUGAAGCUGUGAACGUGCUGCUUCAUAGGAUGUCCGAGCUCGGCUGUGUGCCUAAUGCCUUCUCAUACUCCAUUGUUCUGAAGAGCUUAUGCGACAAUAGCAUGAGUCAGCGGGCGCUCGACCUGCUCCAGAUGAUGACCAGAUGGAGAAAUGACAAGUCAGGGUCUUAUACCAGAUAACUUUACUUGCAGCUCGUUAAUGACUUCCCUUUGCAAGCAUGGAAGAAGCAAAGAAGCUAGACAAAUAUUUGAUUCCAUGACUGCCAAAGGCCACAGAGCUAAUGUCGUCUCAUACUCUAUUUUGCUUCAUGGGUAUGCCAAUGAAGGAUGCUUUGCUGAUAUGAUUGACCUCUUUAAUUCAAUGGAAAGGAAUGGCAUUGCAGCCGACUGCCGUGUUUUCAACAUAUUAAUCGAUGCGUAUGCUAAACAUGGAAUGACGGAUGAAGCUAUGCUCAUAUUUACGGAAAUGCGGGAAAAAGGAGUAGGUCCUGAUGCGUUCACCUAUUCCACUGUAAUAGCCGCACUUUCCAGAAUGGGUAGGUUGACCGAUGCUAUGGGCAAGUUCAGUCAGAUGAUUGCCAUGGGAGUUUAACCGGACACAACUGUUUAUCACUCCCUGAUUCAGGGUUGUUGUAUACAUGGUGAUUUGGUUAAAGCCAAGGAGCUGGUUUGUGAAAUGAUGAACAAAGGUAUUCCUCGUCCUAGCAUUGUGUUCUUCAAUUCAGUAAUAAACAGUCUGUGCAAAGAAGGAAGGAUUAUGGAUGCACACGAUAUCUUUGACUUGGUUAUAGACAUAGGUGAGAGGCCUGAUGCCAUUACAUUCAGUUCACUGAUUGACGGAUAUUGCUUAGUCGGCAAUAUGGAUAAAGCAUUAAAAGUACUUGAUGUCAUGGAAUCAGUUGGUGUUGAGCCUAAUGUUAUUACAUACAAUACACUUGUUAAUGGCUAUUGUAGAAAUGGAAGGAUCGAUGAUAGUUUGACUCUGUUCAGAGAGAUGCCGCGUAAGAGAAUUAAACCUGACACUGUUUCAUAUUGCAUAAUAAUGAAUGGGUUGUUUCGUGCUGGGAGAACUGUUGCCGCAAGAAAAAUGUUCCAUGAGAUGACGGAAAAUGGAAUAACAGUGAGUAUUUCUACAUACAGUAUAAUACUUAGAGGUCUUUGUAGAAAUAAUUGUGCAGACGAAGCUAUCACCCUGUUCCAGAAAUUAGGAACAAUGAAUGUAAAGUUUGAUAUUGCAAUACUCAAUACCAUGAUUAAUGCAAUGUACAAGGUUGGGAGAAGAGAAGAAGCUAAGGAUUUGUUUGCUGCAAUAUCACACAGUGGCUUGGUGCCCAAUGAAUCUACUUAUAAGGUAAUGAUAAAAAAUCUUCUAAAAGACGGAGCAGUGGAAGAUGCUGACAAUAUGUUUUCAUCAAUGGACAACAGUGGUAUCGUUCCCAGUUCCCUUCUUAUAAAUGAUAUCAUCAGAAUGUUGUUGGAAAAAGGUGAGAUAGCCAAGGCUGGAAAUUAUUUGUCUAAAGUUGAUGGGAAGAGUAUCUCACUUGAAGCUUCAACUGCCUCAUUGAUGUUGUCUCUCUUUUCAAGGAAAGGGAAACAUCAGGAGGAUAUUAAGUUGCUCCCUGCAAAGUAUCAAUUUUUCGAUGGGUUUGGUUGACUAGUUGAUAUGCUGCAUAUGAGACUAACUCCUCGGAAAGCACAGUUAUGUUAUUGCUUGCGAAAGCUCUCCUGCCAGAACAACUGUAUAAGAAACCAAACUGCCUACUUGUAUAGUGAGUUCAUUUUGUGGUGUGUGCGGAUCACAUGAAAGUGACAUGUCUAUGAAUCUUUUAAUCUUUGAUGGGCGAGGAAAGGUAGACAAUUAGUCUAACACGAUUGGUUACAAUUUUAGGAGUAAUUACUUCUGAUGGCGAUUGGGAAAGGUGAAAAGAAGCUGAAGAAGAAGAACCAUGGCGGCUUGCUAUCUCAGUAAUGGUAUUCCCUGCAAGUAGCUUGUGGUUCUACUGCCUUUCAUAAUAAGUGUUAGUCUUCUUGCACAACUUACCUCCUUAGAUCUAAUGCCAUAUGAAGGUGCGUGUAGUUCUUUUUCCAGAGAAUAAUAUCCGAGGUUACAAUAUAUUCUGCACCCUUGGUUUAGAAAUGGGUGGUAUACAUAUAUAAUCUUCCACAAGAAGCAUUAAAAAUACAAUCUUUUCUAGUAUGAUUUGUACCAGCCACCUGAGCUUUUAUAAACUCUCUAAAGCAGUCACUUUCCUUCAUAUGAAUGCAUUUGUUAGCAAUGUCAUUGUCAGCGAUCUGCUAUCUCAAGGGUUGUUUUAGUUCUAGUUUGAGAAUUUUGUUUAUUUUUCGGGGCAAAAAGGUCCUGGACGAACUGAUGUUUGAGGUUGCUCAUGUUAUGUCCAAUUAGCGGAUAAAUAUACAAGCUCAUGCUGGACUCUCCUACACUCUAUGCUGCUGUCAGUUGCACUGGUGGGAGCUCGUCACAUACAGGUGAGAAAAUUAUUUCCAGUGUGAUUUCUUUCUGCUUUACUUCAUCGAAGAUUCAACUAUGUUUCCUCAUGAUGUACAUAAAGGUAUGGCCAAGAAUUCCCCGGUGUGAGCUUUCGCUUCAGUGUGGAGGACACUAACACUACCUCACGUGACAGAAGGAAUCAGAGCAAUUGCUUGAUGAAAACUUCUUGCUCUCUUACACUGUGGUGUGCAUUCCUCUCCAGUUCUGGUGCCGUCUGUUCUCCGUACUGCCCCGCAACAAUAAAGUUUCCAAGAAUCCAUGCUGCAACCUUUACCUUCUCUGUUCAUUUCUUGGUCCUCAACUGCAUCAAUGCGCCACACUUACUUCUCUGCUUCAGGUACUCCCCUGGAUGCACACAUCUACACGGCGAGGGCAACUUUGAGUUCCUCCACCAUACACAUCCUACUUGCUCGACUUCCUCUUGUUCAGAUCUCAGCUUCUUUCUACCUAGCGUUGUUCGAAAAUAGUUGAAGGAGAACCAUUCUUGCUCAUUCCUGGUUCUUGGUUCUUGGUUGAAUAGCAUCACUUGGAUGUCAACUUAGUUUGCAAGGAAUUGGGUGGAUUAAAAGGCUCUGAAACAAGCUUCAUUCUUGUAUGUUACUGAAACUUUGGCUACAUAGAAACCUGGGUUCAGUUGCAUACCUAGCUUAGCAUUCACCCAAAUUCAUGUUGUAUGCAACAAGUGCAAGUUUGGAUUUAACGAUUUGGUAGCAGAAGUCCAUGUCUACUCGAAGGCAUCAUUCAUUUAUCAUUUAGUUCCGCCCAUGGUUAUGAAAGAAACAUUUCUAUGCUGUUGUCACCGAUAUGUUCAGUGAUGCCUAUUGCACUAAGCAGCUAAAGAAGAACUUCAAGCGUCAUCAGCGAAUGCAUGAAGGUUCAUUUUUCACUCAGGUUCCUGUGGAGUGCAUGCCUUUUCACCUUUGCAGGUGAGUCCUGGGUCUGCUGCUCCCAUAGCAGUCACGGCGUCUUCUAUCCGGUGAGGGUAGAUAGGCUGGCGUGUUGGCUGAGCGGGGCCUCCUGUUGGUGUGUGUUUGCCUGUUUGGCACCUGUUGUUACGCUCGGCAUGUCAUUGGCGAGAGUGGGCUUGGUGCUGUGAGUAUCGAUGUUUGGAAGUGGGCUUAGCCCUUGUUGUAUC